CAACCACUGAAUCUACCGCCUGGGGCCAUGGACUCGGACGCCAGCUUGGUGUCCAGCCGCCCGUCGUCGCCAGAACCCGAUGACCUUUUCCUACCAACUCGAAGCAAGGGCAGCAGCGGCAGCAGCUUCUCCGGGGGCACCGUGUCCUCAUCCACCCCGAGCGAUUGCCCGCCUGAGCUGAGCGCCGAGCUGCGUGGAGCCAUGGGCGCCGCGGGCGCGCACCCCGGGGACAAGUUGGGAGGAGGCGCCUUCAAGUCCUCUUCCAGCAGCUCAUUGUCCACAUCGUCCGCGGCCGCGUCUUCCACCAAGAAGGACAAGAAGCAGAUGACAGAGCCCGAAUUGCAGCAGCUGCGCCUGAAGAUCAACAGCCGCGAACGCAAGCGCAUGCACGACCUCAACAUUGCCAUGGACGGGCUGCGCGAGGUCAUGCCUUAUGCGCACGGCCCGUCGGUGCGCAAGCUUUCCAAGAUCGCCACGCUGCUGUUGGCGCGCAACUACAUCCUCAUGCUCACCAACUCGCUGGAGGAGAUGAAGCGGCUAGUGAGCGAGAUCUACGGCGGCCACCACGCGGGCUUCCACCCGUCGGCCUGCGGUGGCCUGGCCCACUCGGCUCCCCUGCCCGCCGCCACCGCUCACCCCGCCGCCGCCGCGCACCACCCGGCUGUGCACCACCCCAUCCUGCCACCUGCCGCCGCCGCUGCCGCUGCCGCCGCUGCGGCCGCCGCAGUGUCCAGCGCCUCCCUGCCCGGUUCCGGGCUGUCGUCGGUCGGCUCCAUCCGGCCCCCCCACGGCCUGCUCAAGUCCCCCUCGGCGGCAGCCGCGGCUCCACUGGGGGCCGCAGGCGGCGGCAGCGGGGGCAGCGGCGGCUUCCAGCACUGGGGCGGCAUGCCCUGUCCUUGCAGCAUGUGCCAGGUGCCACCGCCGCACCACCACGUGUCGGCCAUGGGCGCGGGCAGCCUGCCGCGCCUCACUUCCGACGCCAAGUGA